GAUGAAGAGAAACAAUGGUUAGAUGCUUUAGAAGCUGGAGAAUUAGAUGAUUAUGGUGAUAUCAAGAAAAAUGCCAACACUAAACCAUUAACCACCAGGCAGAAAGCCUUAUUACAUGGUCAGCAAGAAAAUGAACUGUUACAAUUACCCUCAGGUUAUAAAAAUGUUGAACUCACAGAAGAGCAAUUACAACGAAGACAAGUCAGAGCCAAGAAACGUAGAAUACAGGCACAGGAAAAGAGAGAGAAAGAUAAGAAGCAGACUUUAGAUAGAUUGUUAAAAAAACAAGAUUCAAGAGCUCGAAAGGGUAGAGGAUCUAAAAGAUCAAAUAUACCAAGAGUUAGAUAUUUAUUAAAAUCAGGAGGAAACACAAUAUCUAUACCACAAGGUUUUCAAUUACCAUUCACUCCACAACCACCUAGACUACCACCAAAGCCACCUGUGAAAUGUGGUGUAAAAGGUUGUAAUAAUGUGAAGAAGUAUAACUGUUCUAAAACUGAUGUACCAUUGUGUAGUUUAACCUGUUACAAGAAAAACUUAAUUCAUAGUCAAUCUCAGACUGCUACCUCUGUUACCUAA